GCACAAAGCAAGCAGCAGAAAUCCGCAAGUUCGGGUGCGGAAACGGCAGUACCGACAAAGCAAGCCCCGGCACGCCACUUUCGGAUACAUUCUGUUGCAGACAGUCGGUUGAGUCAUAAGUGUGUGUAUUUUACCUCAGGGGAACGGAAAGCCACAUAUCGUUGUUUUUUAGCUGUCCUGGGUGUGAGGAGCUUCUAGAUAUGCUGCAAGCUCAGUUUGGUUUUGCCUUUAUCGGCAUUCGACAAUCGGGUGAAGCCUGAUGGCCGAGGUGUAAUUUCGACAAGACGUGGACAGGAAGAUGGGGUUGGCUUUGCGCUCAAGGCUGGGGUCUUCGUGGGAAGAAACUGAAUCCGGGAUGUGGAGAUUGUGCAUCCUGUUUGGUUUGUAUUUUUAAGGGAAACUUGCAGUGGUUCUGCUGUUUGAGCUUGUUGGAUCAUCUCGAGGGAGCCUGCGGGCUUAGUCAGAUAAGGAGCCUGUUUGUGAUGGUUGAUUUGUCGUUGGAGUUAAGCAUUGGGGGGUCAGAGGGGUUGGGAGGAUUGGUCUAGGUGUAGAGCAGUUUUAGUGCUGUCCACUUUGCUAAUUUGGAAGGGUUUAGUGGGUUCGGUACUUGGCUAUGGCGUCGCCGAGUCUCGACUCCGAUGUGUGGCAACACAUCCCUCCCGAGAUUUUGGAGCACGUAGUGCCGCGUCUUCCCGUCGAGGCUAUCUUCCGCCUUAGAUCUGUCUGUAAGAAAUGGCACCAGCUGCCCUUCUCGGUUUCUUUCCGCAGGUCGUGCGUGCAUCCCACCUCGCAAAGCCCCUUCCUCGUGGCGAUGCGCUACGUGGACGACCUUCGUCUAACUCCAGUGCUGAGCUCGAACGGGACGAAAUGGCUGAGCCUUGAUCUCACUUUCCUUCACAGAGUGUUCGUAGCGACCAUGUGCGAUAGAAUCAAUGCAGUCAGCUCGGACGGCGGUCUCCUUUGCGUGUGUGCACUGAACCGGCCGAUUCGGAAUGUCAUCGUUGUUUGUAACCCUCUGACCAAGAAGUGGAAGCUUCUGCCCGAUUUGAAGGAGCACAAACUGGUUGCUCGACAAGUUGCCAUUCGAGUAGACAAGGCGUCUCGUGACUUUAAGGUUUACGUUCUUGGGGAAGACCUUCCUCUGCGAAGACGUGUCGUUUAUCUUUACGAGUCAAGAUCCGACCUCUUCAAACCGUUGCUUGAGCUUAUCAAUUGUGCAGCUCAUGUUUGCGGGGCAUUCUGGGGAGACACCUUCUACACAAUCUCCAGAGAUCUCGAGGUUGUAGGGUACGAUGUCGCUGGACCAGGGAGUACUAUGACGCUACUUCGCACAGGGAUAUUCAUGCACCAAGCGGACAGGUACAAGAUGCUGACUUACGACGACCGAUUGUUCUGUGCCACAUCCGAACAGGGAACCCAAAAUUUACAGAACGAAAUCACUAACUGCGGAGUCGUGGAGUUUAGAAUUUACGAAUUGAAGCUACCGACGAGGGAGUGCAUCCGUGUUGAAGUGGGUUUGCUGUGUCUAUUCGUCUACUUCAAUGUGUAUCAGAACACGAACUUUCGCUACGAUUGGGACUUUGUCGAACACCAGAAGCUUUUGAUCCUCGUGGCCCGGUCUGGAGGGGACGAUCCUCAGAACAUUCGCUGGCUGGAGGUCCCUAUACCUCCUCCCGGAUCAUCGCAUCGGUUUCCACCAUUGUCAGAUGCUUUCAGCACUGCACGUGAAGUGCAAUGGCGGCCGAAUGACAAAUUCGGAUCUCGCUCUCUUUUGCUCACCAGCCUCGACCUGGACCUCAAUGCCGUGGUUCCAGAGAAUUUAGUGGGCGUCCACUUUCUUACAGAGCCUCAACCCUUCGAUCCUUCAGACCCCAGAACAUAUCGUCUUCGUUACGUGCAAUAGCUUAGAAAAUUGGAAGACACUUCGAGACUGAUUUGUAACAUACAAAAAUUCACGUGUUGUAGCUUGAUGAGCAUUCCCAUUAAGAGGCGGAGGGAUGGGUACUUCUGUACUCGUACUCAUUUUCUUUUUCUUUUUC